AAACUUGCUAUUUCAUGAUUAAGGUAAACCACACUGUCAUUUUGACUUCCCAUAAUCUCGAAACUUUGUCAACUGCAUUCCCCUCCAUGGAAAGACGAGCAUGCUCUGCACUCUGCUUUCCUCAACUGGAUACUAUCUCAGCCAAUCAUAAAGCCCUACUUCUUGGCAAAAUUACCCCACGCCAUGCCGCCGGAGGAACUUCGGCGUCGAAUUUCAGGUCGACUCAUCGUGUUGUGCAACGUUCAUGUAAACAUCAGUCGCCGGUACUAGUCACUCUCUUCUUACUACGAAGUCCCCAGCUAUUGCGGAGAGAAUUGGAGGCGCUCCGAGUCGCGAAAUCCCUCCACCAUGGCCCCAGGCACGCGCGGGCCCGUCCCGAUACCCGUCGAGUUACAGAGUCACAACGUAACUCAAGACGUUCUCGAUCUCCUAGAUACUAAAUCUCCCUUCAACACCUCCGAAGACCUUCCGAGCAUAUCCCAGAAAGAUGUCAAAGCGGCAUUGGAUCGGUUGGCCAGCAGGUCCAUGGUCACAUACGAAACCAAGGAUGCAGAACAAGUGCUGCUCACCAAGGAGGCCGAGGACAUUGUUGCGAAGGGAAGCCAUGAGUACCGGGUCUGGGCUGCGGUGAAGGAGGCUGGAAAGGUUUCGAUAAAGGAGCUCCCUAACAUUGUGGGAGCGGAUUCUGCGAAGGUAGGAAGCGGCAAUGCUUUCAAGAACAAGUGGAUCAAGAAAGACGGCGAGUCGCUCGUACUUGUCACCGACGAAGUCAAAGAUUCAACACAAGAGACCCUGAAGAAGAUCCAAGAGUCCAAGACUCUGUCGGAUGCAAAACUCCUCGCGGACCUCAAGAAGCGGAAGCUCGUUACCGUCUCGAAGGUGAUAAGUUACAUUGUGAGCAAAGGAGAAAAGUAUGCGAAGGAGAUUCCGGUCGAGGUUACGGACCUGACUGCGGAAAUGCUGGCAAGCGGCGAGUGGGAGACCGCGAAUUUCAAACCGUACAAUUUCAAUGCUCUGGGAGCUGCACAGCACGCUGGCGCGCUACAUCCACUAAACAAGGUCCGGCAAGAGUUCCGCAACAUCUUCUUCAACCAAGGCUUCGUGGAAAUGCCCACUGCACACUUCGUCGACUCAGGUUUCUGGAAUUUCGACGCCCUCUUCGUGCCGCAACAACAUCCCGCUCGUGACAUGCAGGACACUUUCUUCAUUUCAGAUCCACCGAAGGCAGAUCGACCCCGGCCGGAUCCUGACACCGAGGCACAGCUAGAUGCCAUGGAGGCUGGAUCCAGACGGCUUUUCGCAACAGGAGAGAAGAGAGAAAUCAAACCUCGCAACUACGAGCAAUACUUCAAGAGUGUCCAACAAGUGCACCAAGACGGCGCCUUCGGCUCUAUCGGCUAUCGCUACCCCUGGUCAGAAGACGAAAGUCUCCGUCUUGUUCUCCGUACUCAUACCACAGCGGUGUCCACUUGGGUGUUGCACAGACUAGCAGAGGACCCACGCCCAGCGAGAUAUUUCUCCAUCGACCGAGUGUUCAGGAACGAGACUGUCGAUGCAACGCAUUUGGCCGAGUUCCACCAGAUAGAAGGUGUCAUUGCAGAUUUCGGGCUUACGCUGGGUGGCCUCAUGCGCUUCCUCGAGGACUUCUUCUCCAAGAUGGGCAUUGAGAAUCUGCGAUUCAAGCCGGCGUACAACCCCUACACGGAACCUAGCAUGGAGAUUUUCGGUUACCACAUUGGGUUGGGCAAGUGGGUUGAGAUCGGUAACAGCGGCAUGUUCCGGCCUGAGAUGUUGGAGCCCAUGGGUCUGCCCAAGGAUAUGAGAGUCUACGGAUUCGGUCUGUCGCUUGAAAGGCCGACCAUGAUCAAAUACGGUGUCUCUAAUAUCAGAGAACUUCUUGGCCAUAAGGUGGACUUGGACUUUAUCAAGAACAACGCUGCCGUCAGGUUGGACAAGCACUGAGGAGUGACACUUUACGAGUUUUCGCGACGGGCGACAUUGAGCUAUACACUUCGAAAAAUGGAGCGUGAACUGCUUUCUGACUUGCGGACGCUUGUAGAUAUGGAAUGAUGUUACGAUACCUAAGACAAUUGAGGAGGGCACGUUGUAUACCGACAUGAUUGCCCCGUUGCAUAUUGCAUUACAACUUGAUCAGACUUCGCGUGGGAGCCGUCCCCAGUAGGGAGGCACAGCAACGGGGUUAUGGCGCUGAGCAAGAGCAAAGCGCCUAAUCUGAGUAGGCGACUGUGCUAGAAGUCUACACAAUAGAGAAAUAAGAUGCGAUGGCAAGACAGAGUCACUCAGCCAAGUGCAGUAAGAGGACAGUGUAGGU